CGCUCCCUUACAUCCACUCGCUUGUGUAUACCAUGUCCUCCGGCCAGGGUGCAGGCGAUCCCGCUGCGGCUGCGGCUGCCCUCCUUGCCGCGCUGCCUCCCCUCGACAAAAUGAGUCUCGUGGCGAUCUGGAUCGAGACCGUCCUCUACGGCAUAAACGUCGUGGUCUACGGAGGCGCGUUUUACGUCCUCUUCGGUAGGCGAGGUUCGCUCGUACAGCGGUGUCUGUUGGCCGCGUCCACGUUGCUGUUCGCAAUUUCAACGGCACACGUAGCCGUGUCGCUGCGGCAGCUAGUGGAGGCCUUCACCAACUCGGCUAUAACGUCACAACCUGGAGGAACAAAACUCUUCUUCUUGAACCAAACAGACGGUCUCGUGUUCGCCGGCCAGCUUCUCUACCUUCUUGCCGUACUCGUCCAGGACCUUGUACUUAUAUGGCGGUUGUACGCUGUGAUGAACACCGAUUGGAGGGUUUCCAUCCUGCCGCUCUGCCUCGAGGUCACCAACCAAGUCCUUGCCUUCUACACCAUCGUCCAGUUCUUGCACGGUGCCGACCUCGAGGACCCCCGGCUGCGCACGUACGGCAUCGUCAAUUGGUCGCUGCACCUCAUCAUCAACAUCGGUGUUACUGGCGCGAUCGCGUGCAAGAUCUGGUGGCAGGGCCGCAAGACCGUGCAUGCGCGCGGCCACAACGCGUACGCCGGCGUCGCGUUCACGAUCAUGGAGUCGGGUGCGCUCUUCGCGGGCGCGACCAUCGUCCUCUUCGCGCUGUACAUCAACCCGGCCACCGGCACGGACGCGCUCGUCGGCGUGAACCCCGUCGCCCAGCUCGCUACGCUCUCUCCGCUGCUCAUCAUCGCGCGCGUCGGGUUCGGGCUGACGCACAGCGGCAUGCGCUCGCACACGGCAACAGGCUCGUCCCACGUCACCUCGGGACGCUACGGCGCGCACUCGGACGCGGUCCGCAUCGACAUCAACCGCUCGCAGAUCACGGACGGCCAGAACGCGGACUUCUACGCCAUGAGCGCGGUGAAAGUCGGCUCCGUCGCGGACAAGGAGUCCGUCUGAGCCUGCGCCCGUAGUCUGCGCGCCGAUCCAGUGGCGUUCAAUUCAAUACCCCCGCCUUUGUCCGCGCUCCGUUCGGGGGCGGAGGCGAAGGGGAUUGGCGCAGGCCACUACUUCGGGCGGGCGGCACCGCUCACCGCCAUUAAGUUAUGGGCGUCGGCUCGUCGCGACCGCCGUUACAUGUCGUUUCACGCGUGGCACACGCCUUUUUUUUCGGCACGACACGCGCGCGUAUCUUGUUGUAUGUUGUACAGCAGCUGAGCUUCCACACCACUAGCACGCCCUGGGCACCUGCGGUAGGCGGGGGCCCGCGGCGUGUAAUUUAUUCCGUCUAUAUUUGGGGAGGACAGGUGUACGGUACGGUAUACGUGUACGUGGUGUUGUUGAACAUUCGACGCCCGUGGCCUGUCGUAUAGAGGCGCGGACGGUGUUGUACUUUGGGGAAAACUUGGAGGAACUGGGACUCUGUUGUCUGUUGUCUGUUGUCUGUUGUCGUUGUUCAGAAGC